AGCCCGCCUCCCCCUGGUAAUCCUCUCUCCCUCUUCCCCCCCUCCCUCUCUCUCUCUCUCUCUGUCUCUCUCUCUCUCUCUCUGUCUCUGUCUCUCUGUCUCUCUCUCUGUCUCUGUCUCUCUGUCUCUCUCUCUGUCUCUGUCUCUCUCUCUCUCUUUUUGCAGCUGCGGGGGGGGGAGCUCAGCCUCUCCUCGCAGAAACGACAUUUCCUUUUCGGCUAGCCGCGGGAAUUCUGGGUAGUGUAGUUCGGCUUCUGUCUCGGGUCCAGGUGGGCUGCUCCUCGUGCCCUUUGAACUCAGCUGGCUUUCCGGGGCUCAGGGUAGGCGGGAAAGGGUUGCUGUUGCCCUGGCAUUCCUGGCCUGGCUGGGUGGAAACAGUGCAGGGCUCUGGAGGUUCCAAGGCUGGGAAGUUUGGGGGUGGGGAGAGAAGUUCUAGGAAAAAGGUCCCCGUGUUUCUUGCUCUGUGCUGGGCUUCUGGGCGCCCUGACAGGUGGUCAGGCCAGUCGAUAAGCACUGUACAAGCUUGUGAUAAGCACUGUACAAGCUUGAUCACUUCAUCCACCAUCAACCACCCCUGGGUAGGAAGCCUAUGGUGUGUACUUCACAGAGCAGGACUCCAAAGCUGGGUGAUUCCCAAGACCUGCCCAAGGCCUCCCCCAGAUGGGUAUCCCAGCCGAGACCUGGGAGAUCUGUGUACAGAGGUUCAAAGGGGUUUGACCCUGGAUGGGGGAGGAGAGGGGGGAUCGCUGUUCACCUCUCUAAGCAUCUUCAAGCGAGUAGCCCCACCCACACCUGGUAACUACCCACCGCCACUCGCAAGCCAGAGCAUCUUGAGUGCCAGUGAGGGCAGAGAUCGGAGGAGCAGAAGGUUAUGGCCACUUCGAGGUGUUUUCUCUGAGGGGCGAUCAGCCAGCCAAAUGACCCAUCUGUACCAGCACCAGUUCAGGCCACAGGCAGGAAGUGGCCUGUUGAGGUGGCCACUGCCUCUCGGCCAGCUGCACCCCUGCCCUCGCCCUCAGCCUAAUGAGGGGUCAUCCCUUUCCAGGUCAGCUAGUAAGUAGUUUAUUCCUAGCCCUGCUGACUGAGACCAAGGUGGGGUGGCCUCAUGGUCUGCUUACAGCCAGAAGAUGGGAAGAGCACGGGUCUCCGAAGGACCCCAUGUAAAUUUCCAUUUCCAGGAAGAAGCCUUCCCUGGCCUCUAACCCACAGCGUCCUCUCCCUGCUGUGAACUCACGGCCUCCACAAAGCAUUCUGCCCCUCUUUGACGCACUUCAGCCUUCACAUAAUUAUUAUGCUAAUAACCUUGGGGGUGUCCAUCUCAUCUGCCCACACCAUCACCCCCGGUUCCUGGAACAGAGAAGACCCCCCUGGCUGGGGUGCCCCCUGAGGGCAGGGACACUGUCCUGGCCACAAGGACGUGAGCGCCCCGUGCACAUGUGCUGAGCUGCACCUGCUCAUCUGACGUGACAAGAGCAGAGGCCAGAGCCCUACCUGCUCACUAAGCGGCCAGGCCAGAGGGGAUUUCCUGGAGUCCUCGAUGCCUGUUGGAAGUGAGGUGACACCCUGCAGCCCUGGGCUUGGUUGGCCUGGGUUUGUGAUGAUGAUAAAGCGCUCACUGUGUGGUCUGCACUGCUGAGCACGCCGCCCUUGCCUGGGGGCCAGCCCCUCCGAGCCCGGAUGGAAGUGACGUUAGAAAGCCCUGUGUCCGCCCCAGUGAGUCCAGAGUCCUCCCAGGUCAGCAGAAAGAGCCGGAUGCAGGGUCUCCUCACUGAGCAUCGCUGCGGCAGGGCCUUUGCAUGCAUCACCUUCGUGGCUCUCCACGAGGACCCCGUGAGCCAGUCCCGUUACCAUCCCAUUCCACAGUUGUAGGGACCAAGAUCUCAGGGCCACAGCUGAUCCUCCAAGAGCUCUCAGCCUUCAAGGGUGCAGUCAUCAGGAGACCGGAAAGGCACUUCUCAGGUGGGAAAAUCCCUUUGUUCUGCAGAUGCAAAUGCUAUGUGCUGGGAUUCUGUUGCCCUGGGAGACAGGGUUAUCUCCUUAACUGUUUAGGACCAGGCCGGAAGCCAAUGGUGAGGCUUGAAAUGUCCGCCUGGGAGACGCGGGGGCAGGGUUGGAGGGCCAGUAUUGACUGGGCACCUGGGCUGGCCGCUCAGAGACACGAGGGAACACAGCCAGGGCCUGGACACACAGGAGGCAUGGUCUUCUCAGCACUCACAUCCCUGUGGGCCAGAGAGAUGCCAAGGGAUAACUCCGAGAAUGAUGAACGGAGAUGUUAAUUAACACGAAUAAUAAAUGGGUACAACUUCAUGCUCAAAACGAUUGCUAUAAAUCAGGACGUAGAUGGCUGCCGCAGAGCAGGAGGGGAGGCCGGGAGCAACGGAGGCUCCAGGCUUCCGUCUUUGGAGAGAAGGGCCUCACAGCCAGGCUGGCACCGGCCCUCGCUGGGUGACUGUCACCAUGCCUGCCUCCCAGAGCCGGGCCCGGGCCCGGGACCGCAACAACGUCCUCAACCGGGCCGAGUUCCUGUCCCUGAACCAGCCCCCGAAGGGGGCGCCGGAGCCCCGCAGCUCGGGCAGGAAGGCCUCGGGCCCCUCGGCACAGCCCUCGUGCCCUGGCGAUGGGGCCCGCGAGCGGCGCCAGUCUCAGCAGCUGCCCGAGGAGGACUGCAUGCAGCUGAACCCCUCCUUCAAGGGCAUCGCCUUCAACUCCCUGCUGGCCAUUGACAUCUGCAUGUCCAAGCGCCUGGGGGUGUGCGCCGGCCGGGCUGCGUCCUGGGCCAGCGCCCGCUCCAUGGUCAAGCUCAUUGGCAUCACAGGCCACGGCAUCCCCUGGAUCGGGGGUACCAUCCUCUGCCUGGUGAAAAGCAGCACGCUGGCCGGCCAGGAGGUGCUCAUGAACCUACUUCUGGCCCUGCUCCUGGACAUCAUGACGGUGGCUGGCGUGCAGAAGCUCAUCAAGCGACGCGGCCCGUUUGAGACGAGCCCCGGCCUCCUGGACUACCUCACCAUGGAUGUCUACGCCUUCCCCGCCGGCCACGCCAGCCGCGCGGCCAUGGUCUCCAAGUUCUUCCUCAGCCACCUGGUGCUGGCGGUGCCCCUGCGCGUCUUGCUGGUGCUCUGGGCCCUCUGCGUGGGCCUGUCCCGGGUCAUGAUCGGCCGCCACCACAUCACCGACGUCCUCUCCGGCUUCGUCAUCGGCUACUUCCAGUUCCGCCUGGUCGAGCUGGUCUGGAUGUCCUCCAACACCUGUCAGAUGCUCAUCUCCGCCUGGUGAGCCGUUCAUCUGCGGCUCCGGGGCCGGGGGUGGCCCGAGGGGCAGCAGGAGGACAUAGGGCUGGCAGGGGAGGGGGGACCAGGCAGCCCCAGCCCAUCUCCCCGUGGGCCGGUGGAGGCUGGUGACCUCAGGUGGGCCCACCAGUGACUGGCACGUCCCUCCCAUCACGCUGGGUGCCCCCUCCUCCUUCAAUCAGACCCUGAGUCCCUCUGUGGACGGGCUGGGGCCCAGCCGUGCGGAUAGCCCUGCUCCGCUUCUGCUCUGGAGGUACCAGGUGAGAACCGGGAUGGCGGGAGAGGGGCCGAGUCUCAUCUUGUCCUUUCACCAUCACGACUGUUGAGUUCCUGGCUGUGCCCACCUGACCACAGCACACCGCCCAGCGAAAUGCCCACAACCCACCACCCAGCACAGGUGCCAUUGCCAUUAAUGGUCAUCGAUAGCUUAGGGCAGUGCUUUCCAAAGGGUGCCCCACCAGACACCAGCCUGCAAGACACGUUGGGAAGAGAAAUGGUCUUGUGGUCAAAUAACUUUGGGAAAUGCUACACACUCUGUUGGACAUUCACGAGGGCUGGGAUUGUCGUAAAGGCAAAAGUCCUGUAGAAGAGCUUCCGUGGAAUCUUGUUUAAUCCAUGUUUCCUAAACUUAUCUGACUACAGAACCCUUUUCUCAAGGAACAGCUAUUAACGCCCCCCCAGGGAACCGCAUUUCCCCAGACGCAUUUUGGGAGAUGCAGCCCAGGAGCGGAAGGGCCUGAGGCGUGAGCUGGCCUCUCCCAGCGCUGGGCCCCAGAGCCCGGGGAGGCCAGGUGUCUGUGCCACCGCCUGUGGAAAGCCCAGGGCCCAUGGGCAUCGGUGCCACUUUGGCCCCCAGGGGCCGGACUCCGUGUGACCUAAUAGGUCGUUUCCAAGUCAGCCGUUCUGGACGUGCACUUCAUGUGACAAUACAGAUG